AUAUGCCUUUUUUUUAUGUACACACACAGACACAAUUUUCACAUGUGGUUUGUUGGUUUCCAACACUUAUAGAUCAUUGUACUUUGUAUUUAACAUACUGUAAUAAUAAUGCAAAUGUACUUCAUUUAAGCACCAUGUCUGUUAAAUCUUAAGCUAUCUGUAACAAGAAGUCGUUUGGGGUUUUUUAUUGUUUUAUUGUCUUGUGUUAAUAGUUCAUACUGACCUCCUGUCAAAAGUUGUGUAGAUGUGUUUCUCCUUAAAUGGCCUCAAAUUCCUGAAGCACAUUUGCGAUGUGUAUAAAAACGCCCAGUUAAAGUGACUAAUGUUCUUUGACUUCUGAAAAAGAUUUCAGCCAGUGGAAACAGGGUGUCCCAGAAGUCUCCGUACAUGCGGGAAAUGACUACUAGCAAAAUGUCUUGUGAAAUUUUUUGUACCUAGUUUAUAUAAUAUAAUUAUGUUUUUAUUCAGAUAGCCUUUAAAAGUGCUUUUUGAGAAAAGAAGAAGACUAGUGUAAGGAGACUUUUGGGGCUCCCUGUAUAAUUCAUGUUUGAAUGUCCUUCAUAAUUUAACUUUCCCUUGCUGUCCUAGAGCGAGUCCUUUUGAAAUGCCGAUAAAUUAAAUAUAUUUCACAAUUUGAAGCGUAACUCAUUCUAGUUCAGAGGGAAGAAUAGCUUUGUCUUGUCAUGUAAAUUUACUGAUGAUGGGAGGAUUUGGGGGCUAGACAGAAAAUUACACAUGCACUUACACUAGAAAUAACAGUACCGACCUGUACUUUUGUCUGCUCCUAGUGUAGUAGCAUCAAGGGGACAUUGUUAGAACAGUUAGUAUUUAUUUUCACACCUUCUAAAAGAUUCAUAAUUGAACCUGGUUUAAAGCAUUAGUCUAAAAACUUAAUUAAACAUACACCACAUCCCACUUCCCAGGCAAAAGAUAUACUCUUGAUGGUACCAGUGCAGUGACAAGUGAAAGUACCGUUUGGUAUCUUUUUAUUAAAAUUGCCAAGUUCUUGAGAUAUUUUCCCACUGACAAUAGACUUGAUCAUUUUCUGUAAUCCUAAUCGGCCUGCAUUUGCGUUUGCAUUUAAAUAGUUCUAAUUAGUCUUGACUUUUUUUUUACCAUGAUAAAGCAGGGCAUGGAGAGACAGCUCGUGCACUCAAGUAAACAAGUAAAUAAACAAGUCGCAUAUUUAUUUAAAGCCAGUUUGAAUAGGCGGAUUCAGCCACUGAAUGCGGACAAUGCAGGAGCAACUUGUCGGAUUAGUUCACGGAUGCUCUUUGCAUGCAUGACAAGAGGCCAAAAAAGGGGGGAAUAUUCAACAGGAUUAGCUUUAAUAGCCUUACCGCCUUCUUCUUUUUCUUCUUCCUUUUUUUUUUUUUUAAUUAUUAACACUUAUUUUAAACUUCUGCGCGUGUAAAUGAGAUUACUGGCAAGCUGAGCGCUUCCUCAUAAUGCCCCUCAGCCGGUUGAAGGAAAUGAGCGGCUGAGGAGGGAAUUAAUAAAAGAGCUCAUUUUCUACCUGGUGGGUAAAAAUAAAAGGGACACUGGCGAAGGGUUUUGUCUCUGGAAAUAACGAGCUUUAAAGGAUUCCGUGUGGGUAAUAGAUAACGCCCCGGUGGUCACGGGUUGUAGCGCGUAAUUUGGACACAGGAUUACCUGUAAAUCGACCUGCUGCCCCUUGUGGUGCGCCCUAAACCCAUUCAAAUGGAAAAAGUUUGACUGGUUUAAUCAGUGACGUGUUGUAGCCGGUUAGGUUUUCUUUAUUAAUUAAAAAGCCACAGAACAGGUCGAGUCUCAUUUUCUCAAACGACAUUCCUUCAGAGUACUUGAAGAUCUUUCUUUCUGGAGAACAUGGCGAGUGUGAGCGCACAGCAGAGCCGCCAUUCUCUCUUCACUAUAGACCGCAUCCUGGGUCUGGACCGACCCGAACAGAGAACCACCAUGUACACUCCUCACCGCCCCUGGACAGAUGUGCAACCAACAAAAAACGUCUGCUUCGUAAAGACAGACGGCUCGCUGGAUGUUCCCGUGAUGGAUGAGAGGAAAAGUGAAGCACCAGUGGAGAGCUGCAGGCGUUCACUCAACUGGUGCAUCGGACGGAGACCCAGAACUGCCUUCUCCAGCUUACAGAUCGAGAUACUUGAGAGUGUGUUUCAAGUAAACUCGUACCCCGGGAUCGAUGUCAGAGAGGAGCUUGCUCAGAAACUGCAUCUCGAUGAAGACAGAAUACAGAUCUGGUUUCAGAACAGAAGAGCAAAACUGAAGCGUUCGCAUCGAGAGAACCAGUUCCUCAUGGUGAAAAAAGUCAUCAAUGGACUCCAACAAUCUUUUGCAUUGUCUUUCUGUGAGAGCUAGAGAUUCUGUAU